ACAGACUAAUAAACAAGCGGCACCACACCUUUGGGCUUGGUAGUUACGAACAGAACCGACAGCGAUUCAAAUCUUCCAUUCUUUCUCUAUCUGUUUCUCACUCUCACACACUCAAAAAGUCUCGCAAAACUCUCUCUUCUCCAUUUCUCUGAUAGAGUUCCGAUCUAGGGUUAACCAUAGAAAGAUGAUUCAACUCCUUUACGCGGUGAUCUUCUCCGAAAUGGCUCUGCUUAUGGCUUUCAUUUUCAAGACUCCUCUGAGAAAGCUGGUGAUCAUGGCCUUGGAUAAGGUUAAGCGAGGGAGGGGUCCAGUCAUGCUCGGGACCGUGGCCGGGACUGUGUUUGUUGUGCUUUUGUCUAGUGUCUACAGUAUGGUCAAGAUCCAGAACCGUACGAUCGAGACUGGUGCCCUCAAUCCGACGGACCAGGUUCUAAUGUCCAAGCACAUGCUCGAAGCUUCUCUCAUGGGUUUUAUGCUGUUCCUCUCUCUGAUGAUAGAUAGAUUACACUAUUAUAUGAGAGAGCUCCGGUUACUCAGGAAGACCAUGGAGGCUGUAAAAAAACAAAGCCGAAGUUUUGAAGAUGGGAAAAAUGGAAGUGCAGAGGAGCUUAGAGCCCUGGAAGAUGAGGUUGCUGCACUGAAGACAAAGAUAAAGAAGCUGGAGUCUGAACUUGAGACAAAAGCAAAGGAGGCAAAGACUGCAGAAGCUGAAGCGGAGGCCCUACGAAAGCAAUCUGAAGGAUUUCUUAUGGAGUAUGAUCGCUUGCAGGAGGACAAUCAGAACCUUCGAAACCAGUUAGAGUCGCUAGACCAAAGCUUGUCCCAUUCCGAUAACAGAAAGAACAUGUGAGGGGCAAUUACUAAUAAUGCACAAUUUCUUCUUUUUGUCUAUUUGGUAUGAGGAUAUUUUAAAAGGAAAAAGGCUGAGGGUAUUUAUUUUUAUUUUUAUUUUUAUUUUUAUUUUUUUCACAGUUUUUGUCUAUAAUAUGUUAAUGUAAAAUAUUUAGUGAAAUUAUGCAGUAAUUUAGAGUUAUCUAUAAUUUAGAUCGUAUGGGGACUGCUUGAAGCAAUAAAAAAUAUUAUUAACUUCCCUUUAAA